GAAAGGAAAAGUAAGAAGCAGGCGUUCAAGGCGAGCCAUGGCGGCAAAAUGGAGGUCUGCGCGCCGAGGUCUCUGCAAGUUUGGCGAUCUUUGAUGGGCUGGCUCUCUUUCAUUUCUCCUAUAAUUGUUCAGAUCGUGCAUGGUGCUCCUUCUUUGGCUUAGGUUUUGUCCUGCGUUGGUGUUAGAUUCCCUCUUCUUGCCUCAUCUGCGCCCUCUUUCAAGCCCUUGCCCGAUGCUUAGCUUCCUCUUCAUCAGUUUUCAGCAAAGAAAGUUGGCUCUCUCAGUGUUGUGGAUGAUCGUGGAAGUCAAGGUCUCCCUUGGGAAAAGAUUACGAAGUACGAAGAUGAGGCAAUCUUUGUCGUCGAAUUCUUAGAUGAUAGAGCGUCGGUAUCGGUGGUUCUUAAUUUGGAUGAAACCAGGGUUUGUGCAUAUGAAGCAUCCAGUUGCCAGCCGUUUCUGGCAUUCAAGCAACAGAAGCUGGAUUUAAUUGGUCCGAGCUGGAAUGUGUAUCCUCGGACAAGCUCUGUUGACGGAAUGUGAAGGAAAACCAAAGAUCAGUUAUAUGACCCUAUUCGAACGUCCUGGAUUGCAUGAGUUCUUGAGCCAGGCUAUUGAUUUUCCGAACGUAUAUUACUCACUGCUGGUCUUGAAGGAUAUGCUAGACCGCUGGUGACAGAAUGACCGGAGGGAAAAUUUAGCCUUCCGACUUAUCGGCCAUCAACAGGUAGCGUAUUUUGUGUAAAGGUUUUGUCCAUGAUUUUGGCUUUUACUUAUCAGAAGAUGAUGUUGAAUUGAAGACUUCAUAUUUAGAUUCUAAAUUUGUUGAUUCUUGGCAGCAUCUUUUCAUCCGUUCCCUUCAAUGCCAUACUUCGAUUCUAAGUUUCUACUUCUGUUCUGGCUGUUAAAUAUAGAGCUGGGAUAUGGAAAUGAAGAUUAUCAAUUCAGAAUUUUUAGGGUUCUUUUUUUUUUUUUUUAAUUGUAAAAGGUGUCUUUAAAUUGCGGAGAAUACAGAGAACAUGUAGAAAACCUAUCAUUUAUGCAAAGAAAUCUCUUACAAAUUGUUACUAUUGACAACGACCCUUUUAGCUUCUUGCUGCUACCAUUGAAUGGAAUCCCAUGCCUUCCAUUAUCUCCAGCAUAGCCUUCUGAUAAUCAGGUUGAAACUUCUCUUCUAAUAAUGGUUUUUUCAAACGGAAUUACGGAUGCUCCAUUCUAUUAGAUACACACUUAUCCUUUGCUCUGUUCAGUGCCUUCUUCACCUUUUAGAGGUCUUCCUGUUGGUGACCCUUCAACACUUCCUCCCUCUCUUCAAACACCUGGCCCUGGGAAAAGACGUCAAACCCAUUCUGUAUGAAAAUUUUCACAUGCCUGAAUGGUUUCAGAUUCAUGGAUAUCCUUUAGCACAAGAUUUACGAGACGGAUAGUAGCUAGCAUGUCCGAGUGGAUCAUGCUAUGAAGUCAGUCUGCACAAUCUUUCCACUUGGAGCUUUAGUAGAUGAAGUAAGAAGAAAUUCAUGAGAUCUGUCCACAUUGUAUGUUAUUUCCAUCUUAGGUUGAAAUAAGGUCCUUCGCAAAUUGAAUACCAUAUUCCUGUUUACUUAGUUUAUUUUAGUAUAUAGUCCAACAAAAAUUACAAGUCCUGUUAUCUGGGCAAACAAAUGGUCAUUGCAUGAACUCCAGUGGGCUGAUUCGUGGAAAGGAAAAGGCCCAUAAAAGGUUCUCAAGGAGGAAAAUAAGGGCCUGUUUGUUUGGCAUCUUUUUGAACAGAACGGAAGUGACAGCGAUGGCACGUUUUGAGUAGCAACAGAGAAGUUGCCAUUUGGCAUUGGAUAAGUUGAGACUUGAGACCGUAAGGAGUGAAGCGAUGGCGGUACAGCUCACUCAUCUUUACGGUACACCCAUAAGGCAACGACCAACGUCGCCGCUCACCGGGCGGAGGACCGCCAUAUCUCAGGUGAGAGCCGUCGCCGAAAAUGCUCAGGAGCUCCUGAAGUCCGGCGAGGUUCAGGCAAUUAGGCCAAAGGAAGCAGUGACGACCAUAGAUUCGGAGGGGUUUAGACUUUUGGACAUAAGACCGGCAUGGGAGUGGGAGAAAGCUAGAGUGAGAGGGUCAGUGCAUGUGCCGCUGUUUGUGAAGGACGAGGAUAAUGGUCCUAUUGGUCUUUUGAAGAAAUGGGUGCAUUUUGGCUACAUUGGACUUUGGACUGGCCAAUACCUGACGACCUUGAAUCCUGAUUUUAUUCGUGAAGUGGAGGCGGCUGUUCCUGAUAAGAACGCCAAGCUCCUUGUGGCUUGUGGCGAAGGGCUAAGGUCUUUGGUCGCAGUGGUGAAGUUAUACAAAGAAGGAUACAAGAACUUAGGGUGGCUGGCUGGAGGCUUCAAUCGUGCCAAUGAGAGCGACUUCCCGGCCGUCGAAGGGCCGGAGAAACUACAAUACGCAACAAUCGGAGGAGUUUCUUACUACUUCCUCCAAUUGCUUAUCCUCUUGCAAGCGGUGGGUAAGAACAGCUGAGACCAUCCAUAUUCGCUUCUAAUUCCUUUUUUUUGUACAAUUUCUCAAUUACAUUGUUCUGAAUCGAAGCUAAAUAGCUUGAAGCAAGUUGAAGGAAUGCAUGUAGGGAUUGUUGUU